CAGGCGGGCAGGCAGGCAGGCAGGCGGGCAGGCAGGCAGGCAGGCAGGCAGGCAGGCGGGCAGGCGGGCAGGCAGGCAGGCAGAGUUCUGUGGCCUUUACGAUCGAAUACCUCUACUGGAGCACGGAGAAGCGUGAUUCUACCUACAAGGUCACGAUACUGGCCGUUCAGACCAGCUUUCAUAUGCUUCGUCUGCUCGAUGGUCCACGUGGGCUUUCUGAUCCCUUCGGUCGAGCGGAUUUUCACUGCUGCUGGGCUUACACCAAUUAUGGAUGUUAGCAACCCCGGUUCAGCUUCUUCCUCUCAUCACUGGCUCUUUCUCGCACUCACCUCCGCAAUAAGAAGUUUAUUCAGGCCCAUGACAACCGAGCCGGAAAUGGUGCACAGAUUUUCAACGUGGACACGAAGACCUGCCGGCGAAGAGUUCAUUAACCUCACAUCAUACUCCUUGUUGUUGACAUACGCUCGGCAUCUAACUCACCGUGCAUCAUAUACCGCCUGUCGGUUUGGAGUACCGAGACGCUGUUUUCUGUCUAUGCGUAAUGCUUCCGGAUCGCAAAUUGUUUGCAACGCCACAAUGUACUGUCCGAGAUGGGAUGAUAGCCCUGCAACGCUUCUGGCCCUCAACUUCCGAAUGAUCAUAUCGUUGGAAAAGACGUUGUAAGUUUAUAAUCUGUUGAUCCUCCUGUCAAUGCUACAUACGGCCAUAGGUCGCAG